GCCACAAGCUACACUGAGACUGGACCCACUUGCAGUGCAAAGACCACAAGCAAGAAGACUCCGAAGCCGGGAGUAGAAGUACCAACAAUUUUUCUUUAUUCUGGAGCUUAGAGAGAAACAAAGACAAACGAGAACGGACUUUCUGCUGGAGCUCCGACAACAACCAAUUUGUCCCUUCGCUAUACGCCGCUUCCUUCUUCUUGGAUAGGCUAUAGCAGCUAAACGAAGUUGGUAGUAAACUCUUUGGAGUUUGGUUAGAGUCGCAUUCAAUUUUUCUUUGCUUGUGAGAGUGGACUGCACUGAAACUUGGGAUCGAUCCCCGCUCUGGGGUUCGAGUGUUUGGACCUGGCGCAUCCUUUCGGCGGUCUCCACAGAGCUGCGAAAGUUUUUGGCCAGAAGCGCAGAUCUCAAGACUUUGAGGUCUAGUCUGACUUUUUACUUUUCUUUUUCGAGAGACGAAACUCAGCAGCUGCUACCAGAUCCGAACCGACAGACGACUGGACCGGACCGGUUAGAGAGCCGCUGACAAAGACUUCAAAGAAGAAUUUUCGAGAUCCCUCUCUGAGAUAACAAAUAGUCUGAUGCAUUAAAGCAAAGCUAAUCUUCAGAAGGGUUUGCGAAGAUAAUCAAGAGAUCUGAAUCAAGUGCAGUAACUUGCAACAAAGAAAUCAAAGAAACAACAAAGUCAAACCCAGAUUUCACCCAACACCAAACCAAAGCUGACCCAAUGGCGUGGUCAGCUCUCACCGGCCCUUGCGUGGCCCUAAUCGUGCUCUUCUUCGGUUUGACCUCCUGCACUCCCUCUGGACCGGCCUCUGCAACCUGCGCCACCUUGGAGCAGAGUCGCUUCUUUGGCGUGUUCUCCUCUACGACCACUCUGCCUUCCGCUCCUUGCUCCUGGACCCUGCAGAACCCCGAUCCACGCCGCUACAACGUCUACAUGAAAAUCACCAAGCCCACCGACUCCUGCGUGCCCCGCCAGAUCAAGACCUUCCAGUUCGACUCCUUCAUCGAGACUUCUCGCACCUACCUGGGUAUGGAGAGCUUUGACGAGGUUGUCAGGCUUUGCGACGCUUCCACUGCCGUCACCUACCUGGAGUCAAGCAAGCAAUUCCUGCAGAUCCGCAAGGUGGCCCCAAGGAACGCGCUGGAGGUUGUUGGGCAAGAGCAAGGUGUCAGCGAGUUCAAGGCCGAGUUUCUGGUUGUGGGGAAGAGGAACCCAAGCAUGCCCGCCUGCCAGAUGCUGUGCCAGUGGUUGGAGAAGUGCCUGAACAGCAGCACCCAUGAUUAUCCCUGUGGCAUCAUGAACACCCCCUGCCAGUGCUGGGAGGCCCCAAAGAGGAAGCCAGGAAGCUGCUACCGGGGCGGCGUCUACGUGGAAAAAUGCACUCCUGUUCCCAAAGACAAUGGACGUGAUGCUGAGAUUAUCAAGAGCUGGGCAGGCUGGGCCCGCUGGUCCGUAUGCAGCCAGGAGUGUGGCGGCGGAGUCCAGGUGCGCAGCCGAACCUGCCAGCCCGAGGAUGGAGUGUGUGAGGGAACAGUGGAGGAAGGCCGUGCCUGCAACCCUCAGCCCUGCAUUGGCAAAGAGAGGAACAGAAGCCAAGGUCUGCGUGCCAUCAUCGGUCUGAGAAGAGACAGCGCUGAUGAGUCCAACCCAGGAGCUGUAGCAACUCAAACAGAUGCAAAGACAGAUGAGUGGGCCUCUUGGAGCCCAUGUUCAGUCACCUGUGGGGAAGGCUGGCAGAGCCGUUCCCGUCUCUGUGCCACUUCUUCCUUCACCACCCAGUGCACCGGACCUCUGCGCGAGAACCGACAAUGCAACAACUCAGUUGUCUGCCCUGUGGAUGGUGCUUGGGAUGAGUGGACCCCCUGGAGCCUGUGUUCCUCCACAUGCGGCCGCGGAUACCGUGACCGUACCCGCACCUGCAAGCAGCCCCAGAAUGGAGGACAGCCUUGCCGCGGACCCACAAGACAAACCAAGUUCUGCAACAUCGCUGUCUGCCCAGUGGACGGAUCCUGGAAUGAGUGGUCCGCCUGGAGUUCCUGCUCUGCCUCUUGCUCCAACGGCACCAUGCAGAGAACCAGGGAGUGCAACGGGCCAUCUUAUGGCGGCUCAGAGUGCCACGGAGGCUGGAAAGAGACAGCAAACUGCUUCCUGAAGGAUUGCCCCGUUAAUGGAACCUGGCAUCCAUGGAGCUCAUGGGGAAGCUGCAGCAAGACCUGUGGUGGAGGCAUCCAGCAGAGACAGAGAGUCUGUGAGGGGCCUUUCUUUGGAGGAGAGCCUUGCCCCGGUGACACCAGAGAGCAGAAGCGCUGCAAUGAGAAGAGAUGCCCUGAGCCCCAUGAGAUCUGUCCUGAGCACAACACCGGAGACAUUGUUUGGAAGAAAACCCCCGCUGGAGAUGUCACUGCUGUUUCCUGCCCUGCUGAUGCUUCAGGUCUUAUUCUGCGUCGCUGCACCCUUGAUGAAAGAGGUUUUGCUUCUUGGGAGAACCCCACUUACACCCAGUGUGUUUCUAAGAACUACGAGAACAUUCAGAUGCUGUCAAGGGACUACACCUCCAAAGCGCAGAUCGGGCAAAGCGUUGAUGGAGUUGCCGAGGUGAUUUCCCGCGUGAGAUUUUCCUCUGAUGAGAAAGCCAAGUACAGCGGUGACCUUUUGGCCAUAAUGGAGAUCCUGAAGAACACCACAGAGUUGUACAAGGCAACCAGGCUGAGGCUGAGCAACGCCGAUGUUGAGAACUACGUCCAGACCAUCAGCAACCUACUGAAGGAGGAACAUCAUGACAAAUGGGAAGAGGCACAACUGAUGGGUGCCAAUAUCAAGGGGUUCCUCCGCCUUGUCGAGGAGUUUGUGAACAUGAUCGGAGUGCAAAUGAGCGGCUUUCAGGACAUUUACGAAGUCACUGAGAAUCUAGUGCUGAGCAUCCACAAGCGCCCAACGACCACCAGCUCCAACUUCACCUUCCCUGUGAAGGGCUGGAGAGGAAGGCCGGACUGGGUCAGUACCUCAGAGGAGAAGAUCUCAGUUUCCCGCGACGCUCUGUCCCUCAGAUCCGCCGAUGCCAAUGAUGCUUUUGUGACCGGCAUUGUCUUGUACAGAAACCUUUCUUCAAUUAUGCCCUUCCAGAGUAACACCACCCUGUUCAACUCCAAGGUGGUGACCGUGAUCGUCAGCCCCACCCCGACUCUCCUGUCGACCCCCAUCGAGGUCGAGUUCCCCCACCUGCGCAACGACACCAUCAAUGAAACAUGCCUCUCAUGGGACGAGAGUGAAACCUCCUCUCUUCUUGGCUCUUGGUCUGCUCGGAGCUGCAGAGCGGUGCCCGUUCAUUCACACAGAACCAAAUGCGUGUGUGACAGCCUCUCCACCUUCGCCAUUUUAGCGCGCGUCAACUCCGACUCGAACAUGGACAGAGCAAACCUCCCGUCCGUUACCCUCAUCGUCGGCUGUGGGGUCUCUUCCCUCACCUUGCUGCUCCUCAUCAUCAUCUACGUCUCGGUUUGGAAGUACAUUCGCUCAGAGCGCUCUGUUAUCCUCAUCAACUUCUGCCUCUCCAUUAUCUGCUCCAACGCCCUCAUUCUCGUCGGACAAACACAGGCUCGCAACAAGGUGAUGUGCACUCUUGUUGCUGCCCUGCUCCACUUCUUUUUCCUCUCCUCCUUCUGCUGGGUCCUGACAGAAGCUUGGCAGUCCUACAUGGCUGUCACUGGUCGUCUGCGCAACCGCAUCAUCCGCAAGCGCUUCCUGUGCUUAGGCUGGGGACUUCCUGCUCUGGUAGUUGCCGUGUCCGUGGGUUUCACUAAAGCUAAGGGAUAUGGCACCGUCAGCUACUGCUGGUUGUCUCUUGAGGGUGGACUUCUCUACUCUUUUGUUGGUCCCGCCGCUGCUGUUGUUUUGGUGAAUAUGGUCAUUGGUAUUCUGGUCUUUAACAAGCUCGUUUCCAAGGACGGCAUCACCGACGUGAAACUGAAGGAGAGAGCUGGGGCCUCACUGUGGAGCUCUUGCGUGGUUCUCCCCCUCCUCGCCCUCACCUGGAUGUCUGCCGUCCUGGCCAUCACCGACCGUCGCUCCGCCCUUUUCCAGAUCCUCUUUGCCGUUUUCGACUCUUUGGAGGGUUUCAUCAUCGUCAUGGUCCACUGCAUCCUGCGUAGAGAGGUUCAGGAGGCUGUGAAGUGCAGAGUAGUUGACCGCAAAGACGAUGGGAAUGGAGACUCUGGCAGUUCUCAUCACAACGGCCAUCCUCAGCACAUGCAGUCUGAUAACGAAAAGGAUGGGGACUCAAACAGACAAGGAAUGAAGAGCUCUUCUGAAGAAAAGAUGCCUCCCCCUCAGAUGCCACUUCCCAUGGGCUCCAACUUCCACACCCUGCCGUCCAAGGGCAGCCACAUGCAGGCUGUUCCCGAGUACUCCAGCCACACGCUCACCCUGAAGAGAGAGAAAAGCCGCUUGGCCGGUGGAGUCGACCCGUCCUGCGGGAACCCCGUCUACGUCUGCGAGGGGGAGCUCUUCAAGCAGCUGGACGCGGACCUUGCUCUGGCUCAGGCUGAGGGCAGCAUGUCCGACGGCAGCGGCUACGUCCUAAUGCCCAACACUACAUCCACCUUGAGGUCCAAGCCCAAAGACGACGCCACAAAGUACAACAUCAGCGUGGACCAGCUGCCACAGGCCAGGCUCAUGCACCUCGGCGGACCCUUCGCCGAGCCCCAGGCCGCCUUCGGGAUGAGCUCGAUCCCGCCCGACCAGGUCAGCGUGUCCUACUCGGAGAGGGACUCGCCCAUCCAGAACAUCCACAACAUGUCCAGCGAGUCGCACAUCACCCACAGCAGCCUGGAGAACACCUUCGAGUCCAUGAACUCGAUGAUGUCGAAGAGCGAGACCAUUUCCACUCUGUCCAUGAGCUCCCUGGAGCGACAGAAAUCCCGUUAUGCUGAGCUGGACUUUGAGAAAAUCAUGCACACCAAGAAGCGCCACCAGAACAUGUUCCAGGACCUGAACAGGAAGCUGCAUCACACCGAGAAAGACAGAGAGUCUCCUCCGUCUGACAGCAAGGACAAACAGCAGGCUCCCAUGGAGAGGUCGUGGGAAGGAGUCCGGGGAAUUCCUCAGUCGCCCCCCGCGUGGGUACGCAAAGACAUGGAGCCUCUCGCCGCCUCGCCUCUGGAGCUUCACUCUGUGGAGUGGGAGAAGACGAGCACCACCAUCCCACUGGUGGGGCAGGACAUUAUUGACCUGCAAACAGAGGUCUGAGGGGGAGUAGGGGGGCCAAGCGAAGCCGCCUUGUUUCACCUCAGUCUCCUUUUUUGGUUUUGGGAGUGGCAUCCUUAAGUGGAUGAAGGUAGUGCAGCCAAAAAAGGGAGGAAACCGGUCCCAGAAUCAUUGUCUUCAAACCCUCAGCCAGCGUGGGAAGGGCAGGAAGAGUGGUGGAUGAGAGUGGGGGCUGAUGGCAAUGGGGAUGUUUAAUGUAGCUUCUCAGUGCGGACUCUCAUCAGAGCUCCUAAAGCUCAAAGAAGGGGUUGGCGGAGCAGUCAGUGGCGUCCACCGACUGGACUGUCUGUGGCUCCAUAGACGCUUCCCCCCUCCAGGGAGUUUUCCUGGACCCCCGCAGCCUGGGGUUUUCAGAAGAUGUGCUCGACAUGUCUGUGCUUCUCCUUUUUUUUCCUUCAAAUCGACUUUGGAGAAAAAAACUAAGUAACAUUGAAAAUUUCAAAAGCGGCGCGUGUCCUCCCUGCUUCUCGGGAGGCGCAGCCGGGACUCUCUUCCUAACUCAAAACUCCAAUACUGUGCACUUUGAUAGAUGGGCGCACACUUUUUUUUGUUUGUUUUUGUGCAGUGGGCUUUUUCUCCUCAUAUUGAGUUUGUUAGCACCCGAAUCCAACAAUUUCGAGCAGAAAAUGAGACUCUUUGCUGAGACUGAAACAUUUCUGUCAAACUGGUUGUGCUAGUCACUGUGUUCGUCAUUACUAUUAUUGAUUAUAUCCAGUGCGAUGUCUAUAUUUUUGAUUUAUCUCCCCUUUUCGUCAUUACUAUUGUUUUCUGUUACCGACAAUACAAAAAAAAACAAAAAAACAACUGGAUUUAGUGCAUCCAUAAUGUGUUGUGAGCCCAUAUGGACUGCAUCGGGAAAAACAUACUGAGUGGUGAUGGAGGCGCUGGUUGGUUGAAUUUCCUGGUUUCCACAGUAUUCCGCUUCGAUACCAAAACACCAGCACGGGAAUGAACACAGACUCUCACGCGGAAAGAGCAGUGCUUCUCUUGGGGAUUGCUGGAUGAAUAACUGGCACAAAGACGCAGGCUCUUCCAUGUCGUACAUGCGGAUUUUAAAAAGCCUUCUCAUCAUCGCCCUUUUUUGUUUCUCAGCCUUGCAGGACUCUUGGACUGAGCAGAGACUUCAACACAUUUUGUGUUUUCAGCCAUCAGUGUGUAACAGUGCAAUAUGAUGGGCGCUUGAUGCUCAAGCAAUGACUGAUAUUAUUGAUCUAGGCAGAGUUUUUUCCUACCAAUAUUUCGAAACUUUUAUACCAUCUUCCAUAUAUAUUUACAGAGCACAUAGAUGCUUUAUGAGAAUAUUGUAUUAGGAAUUUAUUCACUAGAGAUUUGUUUGCACAAGACUCCAUAUUUGGAGUUCUCUGUGAAAGUUGAUUAUACUUCUAUAUUUAAAAAAAAAGGUAAUAUAGAGUGAAUGAGCCUCUGAUUAUCUCCUAACUGUUCUUCAGGAUAUUUGUUAUUGCUCUCAGCUGUAAAGCAGUGGGUAAUAGAACCUCAUGUCUUCUGUAACAGUGUGUUACUAUAACUCGACUGUAUGUUCUACCAGCCAAUUCCUAAUGUCUUUUUUUGUUUUGAAUUGUUGUUUUUUUUUUUGUUUUGUUUUUUUUUUUCUCAAUUUUCUUGUCCUGCCUAAAACCCAAUUUCAGUUACCUGUAUUGAGUAUUUUCUUGUCAAGAUUUAAACUGUGUCAGUGUACAGUUUUCACAGCACAAAAAUGAAUGUGAAUUAUUUCUAAUAAAAAACAUAUAUAUCAAAUAAUA